AUGGCGCGCGGCCUGCUUUUGGUCGCCCUGCUGCGCGUUUGGCCGGUGGCUUCGCAGGCCCAGCUGAGGCCCGGCGGACUCACCUUGGUUCAGCGCAAGCACAGCCGCCGCCUUUUCGGGGUGCAGGCGGACUCCUUCGCCCCUGUGGAUGGUGGCCUAGACCGCGUUUGCCGCGGCAGCAGCAUCACCGACGACGACGGCUCCUACUACAUUGUGAGGGCCGGCGACGCGGCCGCCAGCUUGUAUGGCUGCAAGGCCGCUUGCCUGGAGACGGCCACGUGCCAAGGCAUCGAGUUCCGCGUGGGGCGCUGCGAGGUUUGGGUGAGGCCGGGCGGCAUCCAGGCGGCCGCGCAGACGCAGGGGGUCCAGUGCCUGCGCUAUCUUCCAUUCCUGGACGCAGAAGGUGACGACCAAGCAUGCCGAGGGAGCUCUGCUGCGGACAACAAUCCGGCCUACUACAGGAUUCUCAGUGCAAGCUCCCUGUCGGCGUGUCAGGACUUGUGCCUACAGUCCCCUGCCUGCCGGGGCAUCGAAUUCGGGGCGCCGCGGUGCGAGCUCUGGACGCGGGACGGAGGCAUCAGCUUUUCCGUGGCCGCGGCGGGGCUCGUGUGCCAGCCGCUGGCGCCCUUCGUCGUUUUAGACGGGCCAGAUCGAGGCUGCCGCGGCUCAGAUGAAUCUGACCUCGCCAGCAGCUUCUAUGUGCGCCAUACAGUGGCGUCUCUGGACGCGUGCAAGGUUUUGUGUGCGAGGAAUUCAGCGAUUUGCAAGGGAGUCGAAUACUCGUCCUCUGGGACCUGCGACCUCUGGACCCGCGCCAGCGGCAUCCAAGCCACCGCAGUGGUGAGCGGAUCGGUGUGCCUGCGACUCGGGGCGCUGGAGGCCGCGGACGCCUUCCAGGCCGUGGACGGCGGAGCGGGCCGCGCCUGCCGCGGCAGCCAUGCCGGGGACUGGAGCACCUCGUACUUCACCUGGGUGAACAGCCCCUCACUGGAGGCCUGCAAGAGCGAGUGUGCCAAGACCAGCAGCUGCGUGGGCAUCGAGUUCCUCAACGGCUGCAAGGUGUGGACGAAGACGGAGGGCGUCGAGAGUUCCAUCAGCUUCCCCGGGGCCACGUGCCUGCGCUACGCGCCCUUCACGCCGGUGGACGGGGGGGAGGACCGGGGAUGCUACGGGCCAAGCCCUCACGACAUCGCCUUUAGCGCCGGAUCCCUGGAGACCUGCAAGCAGCGGUGCAUGCAGAAAGGCUGGCGGUGUGUUGGCCUGGAGCACAACCUGACGCACUGCUGGGUCUGGGGCUCACAGCUCGUGGGCGCCUACACCAAGACGGGCCGCCGCUGCCUCAGGCACCAGCCCUUCGUGGCGGUGGAUGUGGAUGGCUUCGACCGGGCCUGCAGCGGCAUGUCCCCGGAGGAUGUGUGGCCCACGUACUACACGCAGGUGGCGUCCAGUAGCCUGGAGUCCUGCAAGGCCGCGUGCUCGGCCAAUGUGGCGUGCCGGGGCAUCCAGUACGACGCGGAGACCUGCCAGCUUUGGACCCGAAGCAUUCACACCUCCUCCGCGAAGAGUGGCAGCGUGUGCUUGCGCCUGGGGCCUUACGAUCCCUGGGAGAGCGCCAGUGCCUUCGAGCCGAUCAUAAGCCACGCCUGCGCCAGCGAGGAGUACCAGCUCUUCCAAGGAGAAGACCUGGAGUCCUGCCAGCGGCGCUGCAUGUCGGUGCCGGGCUGCCGGGGUGUGGACGUGGCGGUCCGCGGCUGCCGGCUGUGGCAGGGGACGAACUUCAGCUGGUACCCAGAGGUGGGCACAAGCUGCUAUCGCUACCAGCCCUUCAGAGAUGUGGAUGGAGGCCUCGGCCGCGACUGCCGCGGCGGAACCAGCGGGGACCUGCAGUCCGCCUACUUUGUGCAGACCCAAGCGGCCUUUGUUCAGGCAUGCGAGGACCGGUGCGUGCAGCACAGUGAGGCGGACGUGCUCGGCACGCCCUGCAAGGGCAUCGCCUUCGAUGCAGCCAGCGGCUCCUGCCGCCUCUGGGUGCGAGCGCAGGGGGUAGAAGCCACCGCCGGGAAGGCGAGCGCGGUGUGCCGGCGCUACGAGCCCUUCCUGGCCUCUGACGGGGGCCGGGAUCGCAAGUGCGUGGGUCCUGAGCUCGACCUGGGUUCAGCCUACGUCGUCCUCGGCCUCUCGGAGGCCCCGAGUCUCGAGCAGUGCCGGGCCCUUUGUGUGGCGAGAGGCUGCCGAGGAGUGGAGUAUGGAGGGCACUGCAAGCUCUGGAUGAUGGAUGUGAAGCCGCAGUACGAGUUUGGGUCUAUUUGCCUCCAGUCCGCCGCCCAGUCAGCACAGUACGCAGCGCUCGACGCCUUCGUGGCGGUGCACGGGGGCGAGCAGCGCGCCUGCCGCGGCAGCCACGCGCUGGAUGUGGCCGCCGGGUACUUCACCGCCGUUGGCCCACACAAGGCCGGCACGCUGGAAAAGUGCAAGAGCUUGUGCUUGUCGACCACCGGCUGCUCCGCCGUGCAAUUCAGCCUGGCCGAGUGCCAGCUCUGGACGCGAUCCGUCGAGGCGACUGCUGCGGAAGCGGGUUCUGCAUGCUUUAGGCUGCAACCCUUCCGCGGAAUGGACGGAGGUCAGGACCGCUUCUGCGAAUCGGACACCCCCGACGUACACACUGGCAGUUUGGUGCAGUGCCAAGAGCUCUGCAGCACGUCCGAGCGAUGCACCGGCAUCAAUUUCCAGGCCAACAUCUGCCACGUCUUCACGGCGGACUUCUCGAGCCGUCCGCAAGUAGGCAGCAGUUGCUCCAGCUAUCAGCACUUCGUGGCGGUGGACGGCGGAGUGAAUCGAGAUUGCCGGGGCAUCAGCGACGUGGACGUGAAUGACACCUACUUCCUCCAGUUCCCGGCCGUGACGUCUCUGCAGCGCUGCCAGCUCCGCUGCUUCGCGGAGAGUCGGUGCCAGGGCAUCGCCUUCGACCAGACGAAGGAAGUCUGCAAGGUAUGGAUCACGCAGAUCGGAACUUCCGUGGCGUGGUGGGGGACCACGUGCCUGCGAUAUGGCAUCGCAGAUCCGCUCUAUGAGACCUCCAUCUCGGCCUUUCAGCCCAUGAACGGCGGGGAGAAUCGUGCGUGUCGCGGCAAGGACGUGCAGGACAACUUGGACAGCCACUAUUUCGUGAGCACGGCGUGGCCAGAGAACCACACGGUGGACGCCUGCCAGACCUUGUGCAUGAAAACCGCCGGGUGCAAAGGCAUUGAGUUCUGGGCCGGCGGAUGCGAGGUCUGGACUUUGCCUGAUGGCAUCCAAGCUUCAGUGCACGCCCCUGGGAGGACCUGUUUGCGCUACGAGCCAUAUCAGACGCUGGAUGGGUUUUUGGAUCGCGUUUGCCGAGGGAGCAGUAUCUAUGAUUCGCAAGCAAGCUACUAUGCAAUCUACUCACCCAGUGUGGCACCUACAUUGGAUGCUUGCAAAGACUUGUGCAGGCGGACGCACAGCUGCAAGGGCAUUGAGUACCGGGGCUGGUGUGAAGUGUGGACACGGCCAGGGGGGAUUGAUGCCGUCGCGCCGUCGCUUGGAGCGCAGUGUUGGCAAUACCGGCCUUUCGUCCAUGUGGAAGGAGGGGUGAAUAGAGCAUGUCGAGGAGAAGACGAGUUGGACAACUGGCCCAGCUAUUACUCAGUCCACGGAUUGACCGGCAUUGAAGCAUGCAAGAGUCUAUGUGUGCGAACAGACGGAUGCAAGGGAAUAGACUAUCGUCCAGGUCGCUGCGAGGUAUGGACCCGCCGAGGAGGCAUCCAGAAAACAGCUUACUUUGAGGGAUCUUUGUGCAUGCGCCUGGGUCCUAAUGAUGUCUGGGAUGACAACAACGCUUUUGUGGCGCUGAAUGGGGGAUCAGGCACUUGCCAGGGUACUGGAAUGAGCGCCUUGACACGUGGCUCUCUUUCCUUGCAGAGCUGCAAGAUGCGGUGCAUGUCCACGCCUGCCUGUCGCGGCAUCGGAUAUAGCUCUGCUGUUUGCACGCUUUGGCUGGGAUCUGGCGAGUUGUCUGUGAUUCCUGACCCAGAUUCAAGCUGCCACAGCUAUCAGCCAUUUCGAGAUAUAGAUGGAGGUGAGAACCGUGACUGUCGCGGGUCCAGCAGCGGGGAUUUGCUCUCGACGUAUUACGUGCAGAUGGAGGCGUCCUCCAUCCAGGCGUGCCAAGACGCGUGCGUGCAGCACGCCGAGACCGAUGUGCUGGGGAAGCCAUGCAAGGGCAUAGCCUUCGAUGCAGCUGCCAGCUCCUGCCGCCUUUGGCUCCGUGCUCAGGGCAUUGAAGCGACUGUGGAGAAGACCGGCUCGGUGUGCCAACGCCUUGAGCCCUUCCUGGAUCUGGACGGACGGGACCGAGGCUGCGCAGGUCUGCAUGAGCUGGAUAUCUCCGCGGAUUACUAUGUGGAGCACUCUCCGGCAGAGGCACCAAAUUUGGAGGCCUGCCGCAAGCUCUGCAUCUCCACCCUCGGAUGCACAGGUGUGCAGUACAGCACGGUGAGCCGCAAGUGCGCCGUCUGGACGCACGCGCUGCAGACCACGGUGCCGCAGCCUGGAGCCAUUUGCCUGCGGCUUGGGCGGCGGUCCAUCGGGGAGAUCGCUUUGACCGCAGGGGCCUUCCAGCCUGUGGAUGGUGGUGUUGGCCGGGCUUGCCGGGGUGCGACUUUGACGGAUACCCAAGCGAGCUACUACAUCUUCCAUAGCCCAACGGACGUGACGACUUUGGAUGAAUGCAAGAUUCUUUGUGCGCAGACGUCUGGCUGCCGCGGCAUCCAAUUCAGCAUCUACGGGUGUCAAGUCUGGACACGGCCACAGGGCAUCGAGACCACAGCGACAAGCCCUGAUUUGACCUGUCUUCGAUAUGAGCCUUUCCGAUUGGUGGAUGGCUUGACAGAUCAUUCCUGCGCAAGCGAUGGUGCACCUGCCACCGCCAGCUAUGUGACGGAGGUCUCAUCUCUCCAGGGCUGCCAGCUCCAGUGUAUGCAGGACCCAGGCUGCAGAGGAAUCGAGCACACGUCGCCGUCUUGCGCGGUUUGGGCCACGGCCGUAGCUGCAAGUGCCGUUUCGCAAGGCACGUCCUGCAUGAGAUACGAGCCGUUUGUUGGGGCUGACGGAGGUGUGGAUAGGUCCUGCCGUGGGGCGCAUGCGUCCGAUGAUUGGCCUAGCUACUACGAGGUCUACAGCCACACUUGGGCUGCAGGCCCCUCGAUUGAAGAGUGCAAGGAUCGCUGCUUAGCAACGCCAGACUGCAAGGGCAUUGAAUACACCAAGACUUCUUGCAAAGUGUGGACAAGACUUGGUGGCAUUCAGUCCACUGUCGCGCAGCCUGGGUCGCUUUGCUUGCGCUUUGGGCACUUCGACCCACACGAGCUCCUCGACGCCUUCGUACCAGUUGAUGGUGGAGAGGGCCGCGCCUGUCGCGGCAGCGACUCAAACGAUUUGGAUGCCAGCUACUUCCUUGCGGUGGGUCCCGACAAGGCUGCCACGCUGGAGGCUUGCAAGAGCUUGUGCCUCUCCAGCUCCGGCUGCUCCGCUGUGCAGUUCGGCUUGGAGUGCCAGCUGUGGACGCAGCCAGUGGCGGCCACGGCGGCGGAGCUGGGGACGAAGUGCCUUCGGUUCCGCGCCUUCCGCGACUUCGAUGGGAGCCAGGACCGCCUCUGCGAGGGCGGCGAUCCCAUCGCGGCGCCGGUCGCCAACUUGGCGCAGUGCGAGGCGCUGUGCCGAGAGAAUUCCGCAAGAUGCACCGGCAUCAACUUGAGGACCGAUGGCACGUGCCACGUCUUCACCUCGGUCUUCAGCAGCCGCCCGCAGAGCGGCAGCAGGUGCUUCAGCCAUCAGCCCUUCGUGGCGGUGGAUGGCGGAGUGGACAAAGACUGCCGGGGCUCAGGUGAGGACGAUGCGAACAGCUUUCAUUACGUAUCGGCGGUUGCGGCCAAUCUGGAAGAUUGCAAAGUGCAGUGCGUCAGCGAUACUCGGUGCCAGGGCAUCGCCUUUUCCAGCAGUGGAUGCAAAGUGUGGAUUCGUGCCCAGGGCAUCCAAGCCUCGAAGUCUUCGCCAGGAUCCAUGUGCCUGCGCUAUGGCGUCAUCGAUCCUAUGUAUGAUCCCGCCGUCUCCGCCUUCCGACCAAUGGAUGGAGGGAUUCAUCGCGCUUGUCGAGGCAGCGACAUCUACGACAACUUGGAUAGCCACUUCUUCGUGUCCACGGCGUGGCCUGAGAACUCCUCCAUGGACGCGUGCCAGAACUUGUGCAUGAACACCCCGGCCUGCAAAGGGAUCGAGUUCCGCUCGGGCGCCUGCGAGGUGUGGACACUGCCCGGAGGGGUCAAAGCCUCGGUGCCGUCCACUGGGCGGAUGUGUGUGCGCUACCAGCCGUUUCAGACGCUGGACGGCUUCUCGGAUCGUGUUUGCCGCGGGAGCAAUAUAUAUGAUUCGCAAGCGAGCUACUAUGCAAUCUACUCGCCCAGCGUUGCACCCACUCUGGAUGCAUGCAAAGACUUGUGCAGGCGAACGCACGGCUGCAAGGGCAUUGAGUAUCGGGGCUGGUGUGAAGUGUGGACACGCCCGGAGGGAAUCGAUGCGGUGGCUCCGUCACUUGGAGCGGAGUGUUGGCAAUAUCGGCCCUUUGUGACAGUGGAGGGAGGAAUCAACCGAGCUUGUCGAGGCGCAGAUCCCCGUGAUACCUGGCCCAGCUACUACACCGUCUAUGGACCUGAAACAGCUCCCAGCAUCGACGCCUGCAAGGCCCUAUGCGUCCGAACAGACGGAUGCAAGGGCAUCGAGUACCACUCAGGUCACUGCCAGGUAUGGACACGGAGGGGCGGCAUCCAGGGCACCUCGUACUCCAAGGGCUCGCUGUGCAUGCGGAUGGGUCCCAACGACGUCUGGGACGACAACAGCGCCUUUGUGGCGCUGAAUGGGGGGUCAGGCACUUGCCAGGGUGCUGGACUGACUUCUCUGAAACGCGGCUCACUGUCCUUGGAGAGCUGCAAGAUGAGGUGCAUGGCCACCCCGAGCUGUCGUGGCGUGGGAUAUAGCUCUGCUGUUUGCACGCUUUGGCUGGGAUCUGGCGAGCUGUCUGCGAUUCCUAACCCAGAUGCGAGCUGCUACAGCUACAGGCCGUUUCGAGAUAUAGAUGGAGGUGAGAAUCGAGACUGUCGCGGGGCCAACAGCAGCGAUGUGCAGUCCGCGUAUUACGUGCAGACCCAGGCACCGUCCGUCCUGAUGUGCCGAGACGCGUGCGUGCAGCACGCCGAGACAGAUAUGUUGGGGAUGCCGUGCAAGGGCAUAGCCUUCGACUCCGCGACCGGCGCCUGCCAACUCUGGGUCCGUCCUCAGGGCGUUGAAGCAACCGUGGAGAAGACAAGCUCGGUGUGCCAGCGCCUGGAGCCGUUUUUGGACCUCGACGGGGCGGAGAACCGGGCCUGCGCCGGGCUUCACCCGCAGGACGUGUCGACGGAGUACUACGUCGAGCACAGCCCCGCGCAAGCCUCCAACCUGGACGCCUGUCGGAAGCUCUGCAUCUCCAACCCUAACUGCACAGGUGUUCAGUACAGCAUCAUGACCUACCGCUGCCGUGUGUGGACUUCACCGUUGCAGACCACCACGCACCAGCCUGGGGCCAUUUGCUUACGGCUUGGAAAACAGUCCAUGCGCGAGACCCUUUCCUCGGCCAACGCUUUUCGGGCGAUCGACGGUGGUGCCGGUCGCGCUUGCCGCGGGGCGACUUUGACAGACACACAAGCGAGCUACUACAUCUUUCAUAGUCCAGCAGACGUUGCCACUUUGGGUGAAUGCAAGAUUCUUUGUGCGCAGACGUCUGGCUGCCGCGGCAUCCAAUUUAGCAUUUAUGGAUGUCAAGUCUGGACGCGGCCACAGGGCAUCGAGACCACAGCGACAAGCCCUGAUUUGACCUGUCUUCAAUACGAGCCUUUCCGAUUGGCCGAUGGCUUGAGCGAACGUUCGUGUGCAGCGAGCGGCGCAACUCUGUCCAGCUAUGCGACGGAGGUCUCAUCUCUCCAGAGCUGCCAGCUCCAGUGUAUGCAGGACCCAGGCUGCAGAGGAAUCGAGCACACGUCGCCGUCUUGCGCGGUUUGGACCACGGCCGUAGCUGCGAGUACCGUUUCGCAAGGCACGUCCUGCAUGAGAUACGAGCCCUUUGUUGAGGCUGACGAAGGUGUUGAUAGGUCCUGCCGUGGGGCGCAUGCGUCCGACGAUUGGCCUAGCUACUAUGAAGUCUACGACCACACCUGGGCUGCAGGCCCCUCGAUUGAAGAGUGCAAGGAUCGCUGCUUAGCCACGCCAGACUGCAAGGGCAUUGAAUAUACCAAGACUUCUUGCAAAGUGUGGAUAAGACUUGGUGGCAUUCAGUCCACCGUCGCGCAGCCCGGGUCGCUUUGCUUGCGCUUCGGACAGUUCGACCCCCACGAGCUCCUCGAUGCCUUCGUGCCAGUGCAUGGCGGAGAGGGUCGCGCCUGUCGCGGCAGCGACUCCAACGAUUUGGACGCCAGCUACUUCUCGGCAGUGGGUCCCGACAAGGCUGCCAGCCUUCAAGCUUGCAAGAGCUUGUGCUUGUCAACCUUCGGCUGCUCUGCCGUGCAGUUCAGCCUUAGCGAGUGCCAGCUUUGGACGCGAUCUGUGGAGGCAACUGUCGUGGAGGUGGGGUCCGCCUGCUUUCAGCUGCGACCCUUCCGAGACUUCGACGGGAGCCAGGACCGCCUCUGCGAAGCGGCCGAAGCGAGCGACGCCGCCGCCAUCUCUGUGCCCAGUUUGGCACAGUGCCAGGAGCUCUGCAGCCAAAGCGCCACGCGAUGCACGGGGAUCAACUUCCAGACGGAUGGCACGUGCCACGUCUUCACCUCGGCCUUCAGCAGCCGCCCGCAGAGCGGCAGCAGAUGCUUCAGCCAUCAGCCCUUCGUGGCCGUGGACGGCGGCGCGGAUAUGGAUUGCAGGGGCUCCAGCGACAAGGACUUGAACGAGACGUACUUCACGCAGAUGAUGGAGGCUGCAAGCCUGGAGCAGUGCAAGCUGCUGUGCGUCUCAGACGUGCUCUGUCAGGGCGUCGCCUACGUGGGCCAGACAUGCAAGCUGUGGACGCGGGCGCAGGGCAUCCAGGCCUCCAAGGCUCUGCCCGGCUCCUUCUGCCUGCGGCUCCCGGAUCUGGACAGCUUGGAGGCGGACACCGCCUUCAAGGCCGUGGACGGGGGCGUGGGCCGCGCCUGCCGGGGCCAAAACGAGACGGACAACUUGGACGCGCACUACACGGUGCACGUUUUUUGGCCGGAGAACUCCUCCUUGGCGGAGUGCCAGAACCUCUGCCUGCAGACCACCCACUGCAAGGGCGUGGAGUUCCGCCUUGGCGCCUGCGAGAUCUGGACAUUGGCCGGGGGCAUCCAGGCCUCAGUCGCAGCGCCCGGAAGGACCUGCACUUCCUACGAGCCCUUCCGCUCUGUGGAUGGCUUCGAUGACCGGGUUUGCCGGGGAGAGAACGUCACGGAUUCCUUGGACAGCUACUACGACAUCUACUCCCCGACUGUGGCGCCCGACGAGGCGGCGUGCCGAGGUCUCUGUGAAGCCACGGCGGGUUGCCAGGGCAUCGAGUACCGGGGCUGGUGCGAGGUGUGGACACGGCCGAAGGGCAUCAUGGCGGUGGGCUACUCCCCCAACGCCAAGUGCCUCAGGCAUCAGCCCUUCCAAGGGGUGGACGGGGGCUCCAACCGCGCCUGCCGAGGAGCCCACCCGGGGGAUACCUGGGACGCCUACUUCCAGGUCUAUGGCACCACUGGCUCGAGCAAAGCGAGGUCGUUGGACGAGUGCAAGGCACUGUGCGUGGGCAUCGCCGAGUGCAAGGGCAUCGAAUACCGCGAGGGCCGGUGCGAGGUGUGGACACGCUUCGGGGGCAUCGGUGCAUCCGUGGCCAGCAAAGGCGCGGUGUGCCUGCGGAAGGGCGCGCGGGACGUGGUGGCGGAAAGCGCCGCCUUUCGGGUGGCAGGAAGGGACCAGGCGUGCCGCGGGGCCAGCGCGGCGGACAACCACCCCAGCUACUACUUCCUCUGGGGCCCCGCGCUGGUGGGCAGCGAGGAGCUGUGCCUUCUGCGGUGCCUGGCGACCCCAAACUGCCGCGGCACCGACUGGGGCCCUGAGGGUUGCAAGGUGUGGACGCGAGACAUCGAGGCCACCGUGCACUACUCGGGGACAACGUGCCGGCGGUAUGAGCCGUUCGAGCCAGUGGACGGCGGAGAAGGUCGAGCUUGCAAUGUGCCCUUCCACAGCAAGGACGUGUGGCUCAGUGCUUCAUUGGUUCCAUCCCUACGCCAGUGCAAGUUGGAGUGUGCCAGUCGGAACUUCUGCAAGGGCCUGUCCUUCAACACCACGGGCUGCCAGCUUUGGAGCCAUCCUCAGGGGAUCCAGGCGACCACCUCUCGAUCCGGCAGCACCUGCCUUCGGCAUAUGCCCUUCACCCUGGUGAACGGUAGCAAGGAUCGAGCAUGUCGUGGACUCAGCAGCAGCGACAUCGACCCCAGCUACUAUGUGGCGUUUCCUCUGUCGGAGGUUCCCUCCCUGGAGCUCUGCCGCCAGCGCUGCGCCUUCUUCGCGUCCGCACGCUGCACCGGGGUGGAGUUCAGUGCGUUGGGCUGCAAGGUCUGGACCCGGCCCCAGGGCAUCCAAGCCACGGAGAACGUCCCGGGGGCCAUCUGCCUGCGCCACGGGCCUUUGGAUCUGGCGCUGACGAACGCAGCGGCCUUCAAGCCCGCGGACGGGGGCGUGGGCCGCGCCUGCCGGGGCGACAAUGAGACGGACAACUCCGCGAGUCACUACACCCUCUUUUGGGCGGCGCCGGAGAAUGAGUCCAUGAGCGCGUGCCAGGAGCGAUGUGUCCGCACGCCUGGGUGCAAGGGCAUCGAGUACCGCUUCGGCGGCUGCGAGGUGUGGACGCCUUCGAACGGCAUCCAAGCCACGGUCUUCGGGGGAGACAGGACAUGCCUGCACUACCAGCCCUUUCAGACCCUAGAUGGCUUCGACGAUCGGGUCUGCCGCGGAGCCAACAUCUCGGACAGCGAGAGCUCCUACUUCCUGCUCAAGCCUCCGAGCGAGACCCCUACGCUGGAGGCCUGUCAGCGGGCCUGCAUGGGCACCCCCGGCUGCAAGGGCAUCGAAUUCCGCUCCGGCUGGUGCGAAGUCUGGACCCGGCCGCAGGGCAUCCAGGCCGUGGCCCCCUCGGCCAACGCGCUGUGCCAGCGCUACGAGCCCUUCCUCGCGGUGGACGGGGGCUCCGACCGCGCCUGCCGCGGCGCACAUAGCGCAGACACCUGGAGCAGCUACUACACGGUGCACAACGUGCCCUUCAACGAGUGCAAAGACCUCUGCCUCAGCACCUGGCGCUGCCGGGGGAUCCAGUUCCAGGAGGACCGCUGCGAGGUCUGGACCCGGGCGUUGGGCAUCCAAAGCUCCGCGGCGCUGGCGGGGUCCUUGUGCCUCCGCCUGGGGACGCUGGAAAUCACCGACUCCUUCAUUCCCUUCCACGGCGGCGAGAACCGGUCCUGUCGCGGAGCGCAUGUUGAAGAUGACGACCCCAGCCACUACAUGGUCUAUGGCCCAGACGAUUGGGUGAGCAGCAUCGAAGACUGCAAGCUCUUGUGCACCUCCGUGUCCUCUUGCCAAGGACUGGACUUCAGCCCUGCGGGCUGCAAGCUCUGGACGCGCGCGCUGGGCAUCGGCGCCAGCGCCCCUGUGCCCGGCAGCACCUGCCUGGCCUACGAACCCUUCCGCGCGGUGGACGGAGGAGACGACCGCGAGUGUCGAGGACAGCAUGCAGCAGAUCUGGCAGUGGACUACUACACCUUCCACGACGCCGCGGCUGCUCCAACUUUGCGCAGCUGCCAAAUGCUGUGUGCAGACACCGCGGAUUGCAAGGCCAUUUCCUUCGAGGACAACGCGGGGUGCCGUGUCUGGACCACUGCUGUGGAGGCCUCCGUGUCCAAAGUGGGCUCCGCCUGCUGGCGCUACGAGCCCUUCACCAACGUGGACAGCGGCCGGAUCCCAUCGGAGCCGAGCGUGGACCGAUCCUGCCGUGGCGCGCACAUCUACGACAACUCCGCCGCGUACUACUUGUCGUAUAGUGACUGGGCCCCGCGGUUUGUGCAGUCCGGCAUAGAUUUGGCAAUUCUGGGCGUGGUGUGGUACAUGAUUACAGUGACCUCGCUGGAGGGCUGUCGCGCCAAGUGCUCGGGCACCAAAGGCUGCCAGGGCCUGGAGCUUACGGCCAGCCACUGCCACGUGUGGCUCCGCGCCGCCGGCAUCGGCGCCACGGUGCCGCAGCCGGGCUCCCUCUGCAUGCACUUCGGAAGCCCGAACCCCUUUCGGGAGGUGACUUGCGGGCGACACUUCUUUGUGGAGCGGCCCAACUGCUAUGCCACCCGUUGCAGAGCGGAUGCGUUCCCUCCAGUGGACGGCGGCCUGCACCGCGCGUGUCGGGGAGAGCUCAGCGACGCGGAGACGCAGAACUUCAUCUUUCAUGUCAGCAGCAAAGUUCGUACCUUGGAAGCCUGCCAGAUGCGGUGCAUCUUUACCGCUGGCUGCACGGGCGUGGAGUUCAACUUCUGGGGCUGCGAGGUUUGGACCAGCGAGAUCACGCACUCCGUGUACGCGCCGGGCUACCGCUGCGCUCGCUUCCAGCCCUUCAGGUCCGCGAGCGGCUUCGAUGGCGGUCAAGCCUGCCGCGGCGAGAGCAUCGCUGACAACUUUGGGGCAUACUUCAGCUUCUACGAAGCCAUGCCCAUGGGGCUCUACGAUGGAACGAUGGAGAGCUGCCAGAAGCUGCCGGAGGCUAAGCCGAUCGCUCUUUUUGGGGGCGCCGUGCCGUUUGGAUCGGCUUCCUUGCCAGCUGAUACGUGCGCCACCACUUCGGGCUGCAAGGGCAUCGAGCGCACGCCCUCGCACUGCGAGGUGUGGACGAAGGCCAUCGGCGUGACGGUGCCUUGGGCGAAAUGGGCGGCUCUGGUGCGUUACGAGCCCUUCACCUAUGUGGAGGGCGGCAUUGACCGGGCCUGCCGCGGGGAGGAUCCCUUGGACGACUGGCCCAGCGGGGGAGAAAAAACCCAUACAUUGGAGCUCCAGGAGUGCAAGCACCUCUGCAUGGCCCAUACGGGGUGUCUGGGCAUUGAGUAUCGCACCAACAACCGGUGCGAGCUUUGGACCAGAGCUCGGGGCAUCGGCAGCACGGCGGCGGCCAGCGGCUCGGUGUGCAUGCGCUACGGCAGCUGGGACCCCUCGGAGGUGCUCGACGGCUUUCUGCCCGCGGACGGGGGCCUGGACCGCGCCUGCCGCGGCCAGAACCGCAGCGACAUGAACCAGAGCCACUAUGCCUACUAUGCCCUGGACAUCGCCCCCACGCUGGACGCUUGCAAGGCCGUGUGCACCAUCACACCGGGCUGCAAGGGCGUGGAGUUCAGCCACUUCGGCUGCGAGGUUUGGACGCGGCCAGGAGGCAUCGGCGCAACCGCACAGGUGCCUGGCUUCGAGUGCUACCGCUGCCCGAAGAGAGAUGGAAGCUACGUGGCCUUCGAGGCGGUGGACGGCGGGGUGGACCGGGCCUGCCGCGGCGCGGACGCCGACGACCAGGCGGCGCAGCACUUCAUGGCGCUCCCCGAGGUGAACUCGUUAGACGCCUGCCAGCAGCGCUGCCUGGUGCGCCCCGGGUGCAAAGGCGUCGCCUUCUCGGACGCCGGCGGCUGCCAGCUGUGGACCCGGGCCUUUGGCAUCGGCGCCACUGCGCCGGAGGUGGGGUCCUUCUGCUACCGGCACGAGCCCUUUACAGCGGCGGACGGUGGCAAGGACCGGGCCUGCCGCGGCGCCAAGGUCUGGGACAACUCCACGGAGCACUACCGCGACGUGCGGCUCCCUGCGGCCACCUUGGCCAAGUGCAAAGCGCUUUGCGUCGGCUCCCCCGGCUGCAAAGGCAUCGAGUUCCAAGCCACGGGGAUCUGCUCCAUCUGGACGCGGCCCGGGGGCAUCGAUGCCACGGCCGAGAAGGGGGGCUCCAUCUGCCUGCGCUUUGGGGCCACGCAGGCCGGCGCGGCGGAGGAGGGCGAUCGGAUCGGGAAUGUGCACCUGGCAAAAGACCCCACGCUGUGCCUGGACAUCACGGGGCUCCUGAACGGCUCGCCCAUCCAAAUCUCGGCCUGCGAGAGCGCAGUUCGCUUCUUAAUGAACAGCGACACGGCACAGAUCCGGCUCUUGGACCACCCAGAGAAGUGCGUGGACGUGGCAGGUGGUGUGAACAGCAACGGCACGCAGAUCCAGCUCUGGGACUGCGGAGUCGCACACCCCAACAUGCAGUUCCUCUUGCCCGACACGGGCCUUGGUCAGAUCAGGUGGGCCACACAUGCGACCAUGUGCCUGGACUCGGACUUCGUGCCCGGAGCCCACGUCCGACUCUUCAGCUGCAGGCACGCCUCGCUCCUGUCUCGGCUGGUACUGCCGCCUGGGGAGUCCCGCACCGUGCGGACCACGAAGUUCGUGGCUCAUUAUCUUCCGUGGUUCCUGGGGAAGUACAAUGCCAACGCGGCCUGCGAGCUGAGCCCUGAAGCAGCUGCGCGGCCAGUGUCCCCCAAAGUGCUGCGGGGAGCGGGGGAUGACUGCGCUUUCCAGCACUCCCACUGGUGCGGCAGCGGGGGCAACUCCUAUUACACCAGCUGGUUGGGCGCCUAUGACCUCACCAAUGACACCACCAUCGACAGGCAGCUGGACCUCAUGGCAUCUUACGGCCUGGAUGGGCUUUGGAUCGACUACCAGCUCAGGAGCUGGGACCCAGUCGUGGACCGCCUGGUGGCGGGUCUGAAGGCGCGGAACCUGGGCUUCGCCAUCAUGGUGGACGCCUCCACGGACCCCAACGCCCUGCAGAACACCUCGGAGAAGGUGGCAAACUGGACCAAGGAGCCCCACUACUUCCGGCACCAAGGCCUGCCCAUCAUCCCCAUAUGGAACAACGACGAGACCAUCUUCACGCCGCUGCCGGUGAACGCCAUCUACAUCUCCAGAUAUGCAUGGUCACCGCCGGAGUGGGCCACGGAUACCUACACCUGGGUGUCGGACAGCUACCUGGAGAGUUACUACGAGCUGGACCACCCCAUCGUGUCCUCCGGCUCCAUCUUCCGGGGCUUCCGGGACUGCUACCUCAACAAGACCCUCCAGGAGCCCACGGUGACCCAACUGGACGUCACCAUGAUGCGGUCCAGGCGGCACCGUCCUGAGUUCAUUCAGCUGGUCACUUGGAACGACUAUACAGAAGGAACUCAGCUGGAGCCGAGCUUCUUGCGACGCGAGGAUGAGUGCGUAGACGUGUGUGGCGAGAAUUGUCUCCUGGUGGCGGAUUGCCACUCCUACGAGACAGGGCACAAGGAGACUGCUCCAAGCCUCUGGGCCAACUCUUCGGGCCCACGGACCCGGCCUGCAACAUCUCGGGGAACUUCAGCGCCUAUGGAGAUUUGGAGAAGGUGUCGGAGUUCAUGUGGCGCGAGCGGUACAUUGGCACGGUGCUGA